AUGAACAUCCUCCCAGCCGCUACAACACAAAUGAUUUCAGGAUUGAGUUCACAACACAAUGAGCUGGUUUGUAGCACUUGGGGUAACUACCAUUUCAAGACCUUUGAUGGGGACUACUUCCAAAUCCCAACCGCCUGUAACUACAUUCUGACCUCGGAUUGUCGGAACAGCUAUGAAGAUUUCAACAUCCAGUUGAGACAUCGUGUGGUGAACAAUGAACCGACGAUCAGCAAGAUCACUAUGAAACUAGAGGGGGCAGUAAUAGAGCUCAGCAAAGGCUCUGUUGCUGUUGGUGGCCAAAUAGUGACACUUCCAUUCAGCAGUCCUGGAGUUUUCAUUGAGAAAAUGACUUAUUACAUCACAGUCAAAGCUGUUUUGGGGCUAGUCGCCAUGUGGAAUGAAGAUGAUGCUUUCAUGGUCAAUUUAGAUGAAAAGUACAGAAACCAAACGUGUGGACUGUGUGGUGACUUCAACGGAAUCCAAUUGUACAAUGAAUUCAUCACUGAUGGAGCUUCUCUGUCUGUUUCUGAGUUUGGAAACCUCUGGAAGAUGGAUGGUCCAACGGAAGUCUGUGAGGAAGACAGUACAUCUCUUGAUGAAAACUGUGGAGAUGAGAAUUUUUGUCACAAUAUCUUCUCCAGUCCGGUGUUCAGUGAUUGCAGUAAUCUGGUUUCGAUUGAUUCCUUUGUCAAAGUUUGUAUGAAAGACCUGUGCCAUUGCAACAACUCUGGAUCUUUCUGCUUGUGCAAGUCCAUUGGCGAGUACUCUAGGCAGUGUAUACAUGCAGGUGGCAGGCUGGCAGACUGGAGAACAGAAUAUUUUUGUCCACAUCCGUGUCCAGAAAACAUGGUGUACCAUGAGUGUGGAAAUCCCUGUACUGACACUUGUACAAACCCUGAAAGAGGACAAGUGUGUGAGCACCACUGCAUUGAUGGAUGCUUCUGCCCUCCUGGCACUGUUUUUGAUGACAUAAACAACACUGGCUGUAUACCCAUUAAUCAAUGCUCCUGCACCCUUGAUGGUAAAACCUACGCUCCUGGGGAGAAUUACACCAGUACCUGUAGAGAAUGUACCUGUGCACAGGGGCAGUGGAAUUGUAAUGAAAAGGAUUGUCCUCAUACAUGCUCAGUAGAGGGUGGAUCCCAUAUUAGAACAUUUGAUGGAAAAGCCUACACUUUUCAUGGGGACUGCACUUAUGUCCUCUCCAAACAAUGCACAGGCACAGAUUUUACAGUUCAAGGAGACCUGGUGAAAUGUGGUGUGUCUGAAACCGAGACCUGUUUGAAGACGAUAGCAUUGGCAUUGUAUGACGGAACUAUUGUGAUCAAAGUGGAUUCGAGUGGAAAUGUUGAGUUUAACAGAAUAAUUACCCAGCUGCCACUUUUUACAGCUGAUGUGAGCAUUUUCAAGCCCUCGUCAUUUUACAUUAUCAUUCAUGCUCAUUGGAUUGGGCUUCGUCUAGAGAUUCAGCUUGUGCCCUUAAUGCAACUCUACAUGACAGUCGAUUCAGUGUACCAAGGAGAAACAUGUGGUCUUUGUGGCAAUUUCAACAACAUUGAGACUGACGACUUUACAACCAUUGGUGGACUGAGGGAAGGAACAGCAGUGGACUUUGCCAACACCUGGAAGACGAGAGCAAGUUGCCCUGGAAUUAGAAGAAGCUUUGAGCAUCCUUGCAGUCUGAGCAUUGAAAAUGAGAAAUAUGCACAGCACUGGUGUUCCCUGCUGUCAGACCCCUCAGGAGUGUUCGCCCCCUGUCACUCUGAAAUCAACCCUGAUGUUUACAAAGCAAACUGUAUAUAUGACAGCUGUAACUGUGAGAAGAGUGAAGACUGCAUGUGUGCUGCAUUGUCCUCAUAUGUACAUGCAUGUGCUGCAAGAGGGAUUCUUCUUUAUGGAUGGAGAGAAGCUGCCUGCAGCAAAUACAUACUAACUUGCCCCAGUUCCACUGUCUACUCUUAUCAAAUGACCAACUGUGACCGCACCUGCCGAUCCCUCGGCCAGUCAGACAUCACCUGCGCUAUUGACUUCGUCCCAGUGGAUGGCUGCGGUUGUGCAGCGGGAACAUACAUGAAUGAGAAUGGCAAUUGUAUUGAAUCUAUCAGCUGCUCCUGUUACGAUUCAGGCAAAAUUAUUCCUGCUGGAGACAUCAUCACCAAAGAUGGAGGAUCAUGCAUUUGCAAGCAAGGGAAAAUGACCUGCACUGGUGGAUCCAAUGGGGAAGGUGUGUGCCUUGUAUGUGUGUGUGUGUGUGUGUCGCCAAUGACGUUUUUCAACUGCUCCAGCGCUAGUCCUGGUUCCACAGGAUCAGAGUGUCAGAAGAGCUGCAACACAUUAGACAUGGCCUGUAUCAGCACAGAGUGUGUAUCUGGCUGUGUGUGUUCCUCUGGACUGGUGUCAGAUGGGAAUGGUGGUUGUGUAACUGAAGACCUGUGUCCAUGCAUCCACAAUGGAGUUGCCUACCAGCCUGGGGAAACCCUUACAGCUGACUGUAAUAAAUGCACUUGCAAUGCUAGAAAAUGGCAGUGUACCACAAAUCAAUGCAGUGGGACAUGCAGCAUAUAUGGAGAUGGCCAUUACAGAACCUUUGAUGAGAAAAGAUACGUCUUUAGUGGAAACUGUGAAUACAGCCUUGUUCAGGACUUCUGCAACAGCACCAGUGGCACUUUUAGAGUCAUCACUGAAAAUAUUCCUUGUGGAUCCACUGGCACCACUUGUUCCAAAUCUAUCAAGCUCUUUCUAGGAAACACCGAGCUUAGAUUGACAGAUGGAACCUUUCAAGUUGUUCAAAGAGAUGCAGGAGAAGACAUUCCCUACCAGAUACGUACCAUGGGGAUUUACAUGGUGAUUGAAGCUGAUAAUGGACUGAUGCUUUUAUGGGACAGAAAAACAACUAUACACAUCAAACUGAGUCCAGAGUAUAGUGGCCGAGUGUGUGGUCUGUGUGGGAACUAUGAUGGGAAUGCAAACAAUGACUUCACUACCCGCAGUCAAGCAGUUGCAGUUGAAGCCCUGCAUUUCGGAAAUAGCUGGAAGUUCUCCAGUUGCCCAGAUGCAACCACCAUCCAAGAGCCAUGUGUCCAUAAUCCCUACAGGGAGGCCUGGGCCCAGAGGCAGUGCAGCAUCCUCACUAGCAAUGCCUUUUCAACUUGCCAUUCACAGGUGGAUCCCACUCCUUUCUAUGAAGCCUGUGUGAGAGACUCAUGUGCCUGUGAUAGUGGUGGAGAUUAUGAGUGUUUCUGCACUGCUGUAUCAGCCUAUGCGCAAGCCUGUAAUGAAGCUGGAGCUUGUGUUACCUGGAGAACGCCUAAAAUAUGCCCAUUGUUCUGUGAUUAUUACAAUCCCCCUGGUGAAUGUGAGUGGCAUUACAAACCUUGUGGAGCUCCCUGUAUGCAGACCUGCAGAAAUCCAACUGGGCAUUGCUCCAAUCAGAUUCCAGCACUUGAAGGUUGUUAUCCUAAAUGCCCUCCCGAUCAGCCUAUUUUUGAUGAGGACAACAUGAAAUGUGUAAUGCAGGAAGAUUGUGGCUGCUUUGUUGGAAUGUUACAUUAUGAGACUGGCCAGCAGGUGCCAACCACUGAGAAUUGUCAGACAUGUUAUUGUUCUUCAUUUGGCAUUAUCUGUGACUUUGAUGUAAAUGCAUGUACAUGCCAACAUAAUGAUGUAGAGUAUCACUUUGGAGAUAUCAUUUAUCACACAACGGAUGGACUGGGAGGUUGUAUCACAGCCAGAUGUUCAGUCAAUGGAACAAUUGAGAGGAAUUUGAUACCUUGUGAAACAACAACUGUUCCAACAACCUCAUUCCCAAUGACCACAACACGGAAAUCUUCAACAACAACACCAACAACUGUGUUUGUCUUCAGCUCCCCAGAAUACACAUCUCCUAAAAUGGAGGAAGAAACAACCACAAUUCAAAAAGUAUCAGCCACAUCUAGCAACCCAGAAGAAAUAUCAACAAGUGGACAUUUAAGUCAACCAACAACUACAGCUAUUAUAACUGCUUCUACUCAGCAACCAAAAUAUUCAACUCAAGAACAAGUAUCUCUAAUGUUAACCUCUUCAAUAUCACCUACAACACAAACAUUCUCAUCAUCGAUGACAACAAAGAAAACAACAGAAACUGAAAGUUCUACAAAGCAACAAAAUACAGUGCCAAAGACCACAGUUGUUCCGACAACAACUGGAGCUGCCACCACACCAGGCAUCCUAUCCACUACUGUUCUGGUUGAAGAAGGAAGUACUACUAUCCCACCGUCAACAUUAACAUCAGCACCAAUUAGAGUCAUCACAACAACUGCAUCUUCUACCACUACUCAAACUACUGGAGUACCAACCACAACUGAGACUGUAACUGAGAAUGAAAUAACCACUUCUCAGACUCCUUUGUCCAGUACUACCAUGCCACAAAAGGUGGUGACGACUGGUCCAACAAGCCAACCAACAACUACAGCUACAACAACUUUUGAAGAGGAAACCUCUACACCAUCUCAAACGUCAACAUCUGCAAGCUCAUCUGUGCCAGUGAAACAAACCUCAUUACCAGUUGUUACAUCCACACAACCAUCAACGCUAACGACCACAACUACAGUGCCAAAGACCACAGUUGUACUGACAACAACUGGAGCUGAGUCAUCUACUGCACCUGAGAUUAACACUGAGGGAAUUUCUUCAACAACAGAGACACUCACAUCUGCAAAAACUCUUUCAACAACCACACCAGGCAUCCCAUCCACUACUGUUCUUGUUGAAGAAGGAAGCACUACUCUCCCACCAUCCACAUUGACAUCAGCACCAAUUAGAGUCAUCACAACAACUGCAUCUUCUACCACUACUCAAACUACUGGAGUACCAACCACAACUGAGACUGUAACUGAGAAUGAAAUAACCACUUCUCAGACUCCUUUGUCCAGUACUACCAUGCCACAAAAUGUGGUGACGACUGGUCCAACAAGCCAACCAACAACUACAGCUACAAUAACUUUUGAAGAGGAAACCUCUACACCAUCUCAAACGUCAACAUCUGCAAGCUCAUCUGUGCCAAUGAAACAAACCUCAUUACCAGUUGUUACAUCCACACAACCAACAACGCUAACGACCACAACUACAGUGCCAAAGACCACAGUUGUACCGACAACAACUGGAGCUGAGUCAUCUAAUGCACCUGAGAUUAACACUGAGGGAGUUUCUUCAACAACAGAGCCACUCACAUCUGCAAAAACUCUUUCAACCACCACACCAGGCAUCCCAUCCACUACUGUUCUUGUUGAAGAAGGAAGCACUACUUUCCCACCAUCCACAUUGACAUCAGCACCAAUUAGAGUCAUCACAACAACUGCAUCUUCUACCACUACUCAAACUACUGGAGUACCAACCACAACUGAGACUGUAACUGAGAAUGAAAUAACCACUUCUCAGACUCCUUUGUCCAGUACUACCAUGGCACAAAAGGUGGUGACGACUGGUCCAACAAGCCAACCAACAACUACAGCUACAACAACUUUUGAAGAGGAAACCUCUACACCAUCUCAAACGUCAACAUCUGCAAGCUCAUCUGUGCCAAUGAAACAAACCUCAUUACCAGUUGUUAGAUCCACACAACCAACAAUGCUAACGACCACAACUACAGUGCCAAAGACCACAGUUGUACCGACAACAACUGGAGCUGAGUCAUCUACUGCACCUGAGAUUAACACUGAGGGAGUUUCUUCAACAACAGAGACACUCACAUCUGCAAAAACUCUUUCAACAACCACACCAGGCAUCCCAUCCACUACUGUUCUUGUUGAAGAAGGAAGCACUACUCUCCCACCAUCCACAUUGACAUCAGCACCAAUUAGAGUCAUCACAACAACUGCAUCUUCUACCACUACUCAAACUACUGGAGUACCAACCACAACUGAGACUGUAACUGAGAAUGAAAUAACCACUUCUCAGACUCCUUUGUCCAGUACUACCAUGCCUCAAAAGGUGGUGACGACUGGUCCAACAAGCCAACCAACAACUAAAGCUACAACAACUUUUGAAGAGAAAACCUCUACACCAUCUCAAACGUCAACAUCUGCAAGCUCAUCUGUGCCAAUGAAACAAACCUCAUUACCAGUUGUUACAUCCACACAACCAACAACGCUAACGACCACAACUACAGUGCCAAAGACCACAGUUGUACCGACAACAACUGGAUCUGAGUCAUCUACUGCACCUGAGAUUAACACUGAGGGAGUUUCUUCAACAGCAAUGCCACUCACAUCUGCAAAAACUCUUUCAACCACCACACCAGGCAUCCCAUCCACUACUGUUCUUGUUGAAGAAGGAAGCACUACUCUCCCACCAUCCACAUUGACAUCAGCACCAAUUAGAGUCAUCACAACAACUGCAUCUUCUACCACUACUCAAACUACUGGAGUACCAACCACAACUGAGACUGUAACUGAGAAUGAAAUAACCACUUCUCAGACUCCUUUGUCCAGUACUACCAUGGCACAAAAGGUGGUGACGACUGGUCCAACAAGCCAACCAACAACUACAGCUACAACAACUUUUGAAGAGGAAACCUCUACACCAUCUCAAACGUCAACAUCUGCAAGCUCAUCUGUGCCAAUGAAACAAACCUCAUUACCAGUUGUUACAUCCACACAACCAACAACGCUAAUCGACCACAACUACAGUGCCAAAGACCACAGUUGCAUCCCAUCCACUACUGUUCUUGUUGAAGAAGGAAGCACUACUCUCCCACCAUCCACAUUGACAUCAGCACCAAUUAGAGUCAUCACAACAACUGCAUCUUCUACCACUACUCAAACUACUGGAGUACCAACCACAACUGAGACUGUAACUGAGAAUGAAAUAACCACUUCUCAGACUCCUUUGUCCAGUACUACCAUGGCACAAAAGGUGGUGACGACUGGUCCAACAAGCCAACCAACAACUACAGCUACAACAACUUUUGAAGAGGAAACCUCUACACCAUCUCAAACGUCAACAUCUGCAAGCUCAUCUGUGCCAAUGAAACAAACCUCAUUACCAGUUGUUACAUCCACACAACCAACAACGCUAACGACCACAACUACAGUGCCAAAGACCACAGUUGUACCGACAACAACUGGAGCUGAGUCAUCUACUGCACCUGAGAUUAACACUGAGGGAGUUUCUUCAACAACAGAGACACUCACAUCUGCAAAAACUCUUUCAACAACCACACCAGGCAUCCCAUCCACUACUGUUCUUGUUGAAGAAGGAAGCACUACUCUCCCACCAUCCACAUUGACAUCAGCACCAAUUAGAGUCAUCACAACAACUGCAUCUUCUACCACUACUCAAACUACUGGAGUACCAACCACAACUGAGACUGUAACUGAGAAUGAAAUAACCACUUCUCAGACUCCUUUGUCCAGUACUACCAUGGCACAAAAGGUGGUGACGACUGGUCCAACAAGCCAACCAACAACUACAGCUACAACAACUUUUGAAGAGAAAACCUCUACACCAUCUCAAAUGUCAACAUCUUGCCAAAGACCACAGUUGUACCGACAACAACUGGAGCUGAGUCAUCUACUGCACCUGAGAUUAACACUGAGGGAGUUUCUUCAACAACAGAUGCCACUCACAUCUGCAAAAACUCUUUCAACCACCACACCAGGCAUCCCAUCCACUACUGUUCUUGUUGAAGAAGGAAGCACUACUCUCCCACCAUCCACAUUGACAUCAGCACCAAUUAGAGUCAUCACAACAACUGCAUCUUCUACCACUACUCAAACUACUGGAGUACCAACCACAACUGAGACUGUAACUGAGAAUGAAAUAACCACUUCUCAGACUCCUUUGUCCAGUACUACCAUGGCACAAAAGGUGGUGACGACUGGUCCAACAAGCCAACCAACAACUACAGCUACAACAACUUUUGAAGAGAAAACCUCUACACCAUCUCAAAUGUCAACAUCUGCAAGCUCAUCUGUGCCAAUGAAACAAACCUCAUUACCAGUUGUUACAUCCACACAACCAACAAUGCUAACGACCACAACUACAGUGCCAAAGACCACAGUUGUAUUGACAACAACUGGAGCUGAGUCAUCUACUUCACCUGAGAUUAACACUGAGGGAAUUUCUUCAACAACAGAGACACUCACAUCUGCAAAAACUCUUUCAACAACCACACCAGGCAUCCCAUCCACUACUGUUCUUGUUGAAGAAGGAAGCACUACUCUCCCACCAUCCACAUUGACAUCAGUACCAAUUAGAGUCAUCACAACAACUGCAUCUUCUACCACUACUCAAACUACUGGAGUACCAACCACAACUGAGACUGUAACUGAGAAUGAAAUAACCACUUCUCAGACUCCUUUGUCCAGUACUACCAUGGCACAAAAGGUGGUGACGACUGGUCCAUCAAGCCAACCAACAACUACAGCUACAACAACUUUUGAAGAGGAAACCUCUACACCAUCUCAAACGUCAACAUCUGCAAGCUCAUCUGUGCCAAUGAAACAAACCUCAUUACCAGUUGUUACAUCCACACAACCAACAACGCUAACGACCACAACUACAGUGCCAAAGACCACAGUUGUAUUGACAACAACUGGAGCUGAGUCAUCUACUUCACCUGAGAUUAACACUGAGGGAUUUUCAUCAACAGCAACGCCACUCACAUCUGCAAAAACUCUUUCAACCACCACACCAGGCAUCCCAUCCACUACUGUUCUUGUUGAAGAAGGAAGCACUACUCUCCCACCUUCCACAUUGACAUCAGCACCAAUUAGAGUCAUCACAACAACUGCAUCUUCUACCACUACUCAAACUACUGGAGUACCAACCACAACUGAGACUGUAACUGAGAAUGAAAUAACCACUUCUCAGACUCCUUUGUCCAGUACUACCAUGGCACAAAAGGUGGUGACGACUGGUCCAACAAGCCAACCAACAACUACAGCUACCACAACUUUUGAAGAGGAAACCUCUACACCAUCUCAAACGUCAACAUCUGCAAGCUCAUCUGUGCCAAUGAAACAAACCUCAUUACCAGUUGUUACAUCCACACAACCAACAACGCUAACGACCACAACUACAGUGCCAAAGACCACAGUUGUAUUGACAACAACUGGAGCUGAGUCAUCUACUUCACCUGAGAUUAACACUGAGGGAAUUUCUUCAACAACAGAGACACUCACAUCUGCAAAAACUCUUUCAACAACCACACCAGGCAUCCCAUCCACUACUGUUCUUGUUGAAGAAGGAAGCACUACUCUCCCACCAUCCACAUUGACAUCAGUACCAAUUAGAGUCAUCACAACAACUGCAUCUUCUACCACUACUCAAACUACUGGAGUACCAACCACAACUGAGACUGUAACUGAGAAUGAAAUAACCACUUCUCAGACUCCUUUGUCCAGUACUACCAUGGCACAAAAGGGGGUGACGACUGGUCCAACAAGCCAACCAACAACUACAGCUACAACAACUUUUGAAGAGGAAACCUCUACACCAUCUCAAACGUCAACAUCUGCAAGCUCAUCUGUGCCAAUGAAACAAACCUCAUUACCAGUUGUUACAUCCACACAACCAACAACGCUAACGACCACAACUACAGUGCCAAACACCACAGUUGUACCGACAACAACUGGAGCUGAGUCAUCUACUUCACCUGAGAUUAACACUGAGGGAUUUUCAUCAACAGCAACGCCACUCACAUCUGCAAAAACUCUUUCAACCACCACACCAGGCAUCCCAUCCACUACUGUUCUUGUUGAAGAAGGAAGCACUACUCUCCCACCUUCCACAUUGACAUCAGCACCAAUUAGAGUCAUCACAACAACUGCAUCUUCUACCACUACUCAAACUACUGGAGUACCAACCACAACUGAGACUGUAACUGAGAAUGAAAUAACCACUUCUCAGACUCCUUUGUCCAGUACUACCAUGGCACAAAAGGUGGUGACGACUGGUCCAACAAGCCAACCAACAACUACAGCUACAACAACUUUUGAAGAGAAAACCUCUACACUAUCUCAAACGUCAACAUCUGCAAGCUCAUCUGUGCCAAUGAAACAAACCUCAUUACCAGUUGUUACAUCCACUCAACCAACAACGCUAACGACCACAACUACAGUGCCAAAGACCACAGUUGUACCGACAACAACUGGAGCUGAGUCAUCUACUGCACCUGAGAUUAACACUGAGGGAAUUUCUUCAACAACAGAGCCACUCACAUCUGCAAAAACUCUUUCAACAACCACACCAGGCAUCCAAUCCACUACUGUUCUUGUUGAAGAAGGAAGCACUACUCUCCCACCUUCCACACUGACAUCAGCACCAAUUAGAGUCAUCACAACAGCUGCAUCUUCUACCACUACUGAAACUACUGGAGUACCAACCACAACUGAGACUGUAACUGAGAAUGAAAUAACCACUUCUCAGACUCCUUUGUCCAGUACUACCAUGCCUCAAAAGGUGGUGACGACUAGUCCAACAAGCCAGCCAACAACUACAGCUACAACAACUUUUGAAGAGGAAACCUCUACACCAUCUCAAACGUCAACAUCUGCAAGCUCAUCUGUGCCAAUGAAACAAACCUCAUUACCAGUUGUUACAUCCACACAACCAACAACGCUAACGACCACAACUACAGUGCCAAAGACCACAGUUGUACCGACAACAACUGGAGCCGAGUCAUCUACUGCACCUGAGAUUAACACUGAGGGAGUUUCUUCAACAACAGAGAAACUCACAUCUGCAAAAACUCUUUCAACCACCACACCUGGCAUCCCAUCCACUACUGUUCUUGUUGAAGAAGGAAGCACUACUCUCCCACCAUCCACAUUGACAUCAGCACCAAUUAGAGUCAUCACAACAACUGCAUCUUCUACCACUACUCAAACUACUGGAGUACCAACCACAACUGAGACUGUAACUGGGAAUGAAAUAACCACUUCUCAGACUCCUUUGUCCAGUACUACCAUGCCACAAAAGGUGGUGACGACUGGUCCAACAAGCCAACCAACAACUACAGCUACCACAACUUUUGAAGAGAAAACCUCUACACCAUCUCAAACGUCAACAUCUGCAAGCUCAUCUGUGCCAAUGAAACAAACCUCAUUACCAGUUGUUACAUCCACACAACCAACAACGCUAACGACCACAACUACAGUGCCAAAGACCACAGUUGUAUUGACAUCAACUGGAGCUGAGUCAUCUACUUCACCUGAGAUUAACACUGAGGGAAUUUCUUCAACAACAGAGACACUCACAUCUGCAAAAACUCUUUCAACAACCACACCAGGCAUCCCAUCCACUACUGUUCUUGUUGAAGAAGGAAGCACUACUCUCCCACCAUCCACAUUGACAUCAGCACCAAUUAGAGUCAUCACAACAACUGCAUCUUCUACCACUACUCAAACUACUGGAGUACCAACCACAACUGAGACUGUAACUGAGAAUGAAAUAACCACUUCUCAGACUCCUUUGUCCAGAACUACCAUGCCACAAAAGGUGAUGACGACUGGUCCAACAAGCCAACCAACAACCACAGCUACAACAAGUUUUGAAGAGGAAACCUCUACACCAUCUCAAACGUCAACAUCUGCAAGCUCAUCUGUGCCAAUGAAACAAACCUCAUUACCAGUUGUUACAUCCACACAACCAACAACGCUAACGACCACAACUACAGUGCCAAAGUCCACAGUUGUACCGACAACAACUGGAGCUGAGUCAUCUACUGCACCUGAGAUUAACACUGAGGGAGUUUCUUCAACAGCAAUGCCACUCACAUCUGCAAAAACUCUUUCAACCACCACACCAGGCAUCCCAUCCACUACUGUUCUUGUUGAAGAAGGAAGCACUACUCUCCCACCAUCCACAUUGACAUCAGUACCAAUUAGAGUCAUCACAACAACUGCAUCUUCUACCACUACUCAAACUACUGGAGUACCAACCACAACUGAGACUGUAACUGAGAAUGAAAUAACCACUUCUCAGACUCCUUUGUCCAGUACUACCAUGGCACAAAAGGGGGUGACGACUGGUCCAACAAGCCAACCAACAACUACAGCUACAACAACUUUUGAAGAGGAAACCUCUACACCAUCACAAACGUCAACAUCUGCAAGCUCAUCUGUGCCAAUGAAACAAACCUCAUUACCAGUUGUUACAUCCACUCAACCAACAACGCUAACGACCACAACUACAGUGCCAAAGACCACAGUUGUACCGACAACAACUGGAGCUGAGUCAUCUACUGCACCUGAGAUUAACACUGAGGGAAUUUCUUCAACAACAGAGCCACUCACAUCUGCAAAAACUCUUUCAACAACCACACCAGGCAUCCAAUCCACUACUGUUCUUGUUGAAGAAGGAAGCACUACUCUCCCACCUUCCACAUUGACAUCAGCACCAAUUAGAGUCAUCACAACAACUGCAUCUUCUACCACUACUCAAACUACUGGAGUACCAACCACAACUGAGACUGUAACUGAGAAUGAAAUAACCACUUCUCAGACUCCUUUGUCCAGUACUACCAUGCCUCAAAAGGUGGUGACGACUAGUCCAACAAGCCAACCAACAACUACAGCUACAACAACUUUUGAAGAGGAAACCUCUACACCAUCUCAAACGUCAACAUCUGCAAGCUCAUCUGUGCCAAUGAAACAAACCUCAUUACCAGUUGUUACAUCCACACAACCAACAACGCUAAUCGACCACAACUACAGUGCCAAAGACCACAAGAAACUCACAUCUGCAAAAACUCUUUCAACCACCACACCUGGCAUCCCAUCCACUACUGUUCUUGUUGAAGAAGGAAGCACUACUCUCCCACCAUCCACAUUGACAUCAGCACCAAUUAGAGUCAUCACAACAACUGCAUCUUCUACCACUACUCAAACUACUGGAGUACCAACCACAACUGAGACUGUAACUGAGAAUGAAAUAACCACUUCUCAGACUCCUUUGUCCAGUACUACCAUGGCACAAAAGGUGGUGACGACUGGUCCAACAGGCCAACCAACAACUACAGCUACAACAACUUUUGAAGAGAAAACCUCUACACUAUCUCAAACGUCAACAUCUGCAAGCUCAUCUGUGCCAAUGAAACAAACCUCAUUACCAGUUGUUACAUCCACUCAACCAACAACGCUAACGACCACAACUACAGUGCCAAAGACCACAGUUAUACCGACAACAACUGGAGCUGAGUCAUCUACUGCACCUGAGAUUAACACUGAGGGAAUUUCUUCAACAACAGAGCCACUCACAUCUGCAAAAACUCUUUCAACAACCACACCAGGCAUCCAAUCCACUACUGUUCUUGUUGAAGAAGGAAGCACUACUCUCCCACCUUCCACAUUGACAUCAGCACCAAUUAGAGUCAUCACAACAACUGCAUCUUCUACCACUACUCAAACUACUGGAGUACCAACCACAACUGAGACUGUAACUGAGAAUGAAAUAACCACUUCUCAGACUCCUUUGUCCAGUACUACCAUGCCUCAAAAGGUGGUGACGACUAGUCCAACAAGCCAACCAACAACUACAGCUACAACAACUUUUGAAGAGGAAACCUCUACACCAUCUCAAACGUCAACAUCUGCAAGCUCAUCUGUGCCAAUGAAACAAACCUCAUUACCAGUUGUUACAUCCACACAACCAACAACGCUAACGACCACAACUACAGUGCCAAAGACCACAGUUGUACCGACAACAACUGGAGCCGAGUCAUCUACUGCACCUGAGAUUAACACUGAGGGAGUUUCUUCAACAACAGAGAAACUCACAUCUGCAAAAACUCUUUCAACCACCACACCUGGCAUCCCAUCCACUACUGUUCUUGUUGAAGAAGGAAGCACUACUCUCCCACCAUCCACAUUGACAUCAGCACCAAUUAGAGUCAUCACAACAACUGCAUCUUCUACCACUACUCAAACUACUGGAGUACCAACCACAACUGAGACUGUAACUGGGAAUGAAAUAACCACUUCUCAGACUCCUUUGUCCAGUACUACCAUGGCACAAAAGGUGGUGACGACUGGUCCAACAAGCCAACCAACAACUACAGCUACCACAACUUUUGAAGAGAAAACCUCUACACCAUCUCAAACGUCAACAUCUGCAAGCUCAUCUGUGCCAAUGAAACAAACCUCAUUACCAGUUGUUACAUCCACACAACCAACAACGCUAAUCGACCACAACUACAGUGCCAAAGACCACAAGACACUCACAUCUGCAAAAUCUCUUUCAACAACCACACCAGGCAUCCCAUCCACUACUGUUCUUGUUGAAGAAGGAAGCACUACUCUCCCACCAUCCACAUUGACAUCAGCACCAAUUAGAGUCAUCACAACAACUGCAUCUUCUACCACUACUCAAACUACUGGAGUACCAACCACAACUGAGACUGUAACUGAGAAUGAAAUAACCACUUCUCAGACUCCUUUGUCCAGAACUACCAUGCCACAAAAGGUGGUGACGACUGGUCCAACAAGCCAACCAACAACCACAGCUACAACAAAUUUUGAAGAGGAAACCUCUACACCAUCUCAAACGUCAACAUCUGCAAGCUCAUCUGUGCCAAUGAAACAAACCUCAUUACCAGUUGUUACAUCCACACAACCAACAACGCUAACGACCACAACUACAGUGCCAAAGUCCACAGUUGUACCGACAACAACUGGAGCUGAGUCAUCUACUGCACCUGAGAUUAACACUGAGGGAGUUUCUUCAACAGCAAUGCCACUCACAUCUGCAAAAACUCUUUCAACCACCACACCAGGCAUCCCAUCCACUACUGUUCUUGUUGAAGAAGGAAGCACUACUCUCCCACCAUCCACAUUGACAUCAGUACCAAUUAGAGUCAUCACAACAACUGCAUCUUCUACCACUACUCAAACUACUGGAGUACCAACCACAACUGAGACUGUAACUGAGAAUGAAAUAACCACUUCUCAGAGUCCUUUGUCCAGUACUACCAUGGCACAAAAGGGGGUGACGACUGGUCCAACAAGCCAACCAACAACUACAGCUACAACAACUUUUGAAGAGGAAACCUCUACACCAUCUCAAACGUCAACAUCUGCAAGCUCAUCUGUGCCAAUGAAACAAACCUCAUUACCAGUUGUUACAUCCACACAACCAACAACGCUAACGACCACAACUACAGUGCCAAAGACCACAGUUGUACCGACAACAACUGGAGCUGAGUCAUCUACUUCACCUGAGAUUAACACUGAGGGAUUUUCAUCAACAGCAACACCACUCACAUCUGCAAAAACUCUUUCAACCACCACACCAGGCAUCCCAUCCACUACUGUUCUUGUUGAAGAAGGAAGCACUACUCUCCAACCAUCCACAUUGACAUCAGCACCAAUUAGAGUCAUCACAACAACUGCAUCUUCUACCACUACUCAAACUACUGGAGUACCAACCACAACUGAGACUGUAACUGAGAAUGAAAUAACCACUUCUCAGACUCCUUUGUCCAGUACUACCAUGGCACAAAAGGUGGUGACAACUGGUCCAACAAGCCAACCAACCACUACAGCUACAACAACUUUUGAAGAGGAAACCUCUACACCAUCUCAAACGUCAACAUCUGCAAGCUCAUCUGUGCCAAUGAAACAAACCUCAUUACCAGUUGUUACAUCCACACAACCAACAACGCUAACGACCACAACUACAGUGCCAAAGACCACAGUUGUACCGACAACAACUGGAGCUGAGUCAUCUACUGCACCUGAGAUUAACACUGAGGGAAUUUCUUCAACAACAGAGCCACUCACAUCUGCAAAAACUCUUUCAACAACCACACCAGGCAUCCAAUCCACUACUGUUCUUGUUGAAGAAGGAAGCACUACUCUCCCACCUUCCACAUUGACAUCAGCACCAAUUAGAGUCAUCACAACAACUGCAUCUUCUACCACUACUCAAACUACUGGAGUACCAACCACAACUGAGACUGUAACUGAGAAUGAAAUAACCACUUCUCAGACUCCUUUGUCCAGUACUACCAUGCCUCAAAAGGUGGUGACGACUAGUCCAACAAGCCAACCAACAACUACAGCUACAACAACUUUUGAAGAGGAAACCUCUACACCAUCUCAAACGUCAACAUCUGCAAGCUCAUCUGUGCCAAUGAAACAAACCUCAUUACCAGUUGUUACAUCCACACAACCAACAACGCUAACGACCACAACUACAGUGCCAAAGACCACAGUUGUAUUGACAACAACUGGAGCUGAGUCAUCUACUGCACCUGAGAUUAACACUGAGGGAGUUUCUUCAACAGCAGUGCCACUCACAUCUGCAAAAACUCUUUCAACCACCACACCAGGCAUCCCAUCCACUACUGUUCUUGUUGAAGAAGGAAGCACUACUCUCCAACCAUCCACAUUGACAUCAGCACCAAUUAGAGUCAUCACAACAACUGCAUCUUCUACCACUACUCAAACUACUGGAGUACCAACCACAACUGAGACUGUAACUGAGAAUGAAAUAACCACUUCUCAGACUCCUUUGUCCAGUACUACCAUGGCACAAAAGGUGGUGACGACUGGUCCAACAAGCCAACCAACCACUACAGCUACAACAACUUUUGAAGAGGAAACCUCUACACCAUCUCAAACGUCAACAUCUGCAAGCUCAUCUGUGCCAAUGAAACAAACCUCAUUACCAGUUGUUACAUCCACACAACCAACAACGCUAACGACCACAACUACAGUGCCAAAGACCACAGUUGUACCGACAACAACUGGAGCUGAGUCAUCUACUGCACCUGAGAUUAACACUGAGGGAUUUUCUUCAACAACAGAGCCACUCACAUCUGCAAAAACUCUUUCAACCACCACACCAGGCAUCCCAUCCACUACUGUUCUUGUUGAAGAAGGAAGCACUACUCUCCCACCAUCCACAUUGACAUCAGCACCAAUUAGAGUCAUCACAACAACUGCAUCUUCUACCACUACUCAAACUACUGGAGUACCAACCACAACUGAGACUGUAACUGAGAAUGAAAUAACCACUUCUCAGACUCCUUUGUCCAGUACUACCAUGCCUCAAAAGGUGGUGACGACUGGUCCAACAAGCCAACCAACAACUACAGCUACAACAACUUUUGAAGAGGAAACCUCUAUACCGUCUCAAACGUCAACAUCUGCAAGCUCAUCUGUGCCAAUGAAACAAACCUCAUUACCAGUUGUUACAUCCACACAACCAACAACGCUAACGACCACAACUACAGUGCCAAAGACCACAGCUGUACCGACAACAACUGGAGCUGAGUCAUCUACUGCACCUGAGAUUAACACUGAGGGAGUUUCUUCAACAACAGAGCCACUCACAUCUGCAAAAACUCUUUCAACCACCACACCAGGCAUCCCAUCCACUACUGUUCUUGUUGAAGAAGGAAGCACUACUCUCCCACCAUCCACAUUGACAUCAGCACCAAUUAGAGUCAUCACAACAACUGCAUCUUCUACCACUACUCAAACUACUGGAGUACCAACCACAACUGAGACUGUAACUGAGAAUGAAAUAACCACUUCUCAGACUCCUUUGUCCAGUACUACCAUGCCUCAAAAGGUGGUGACGACUGGUCCAACAAGCCAACCAACAACUACAGCUACAACAACUUUUGAAGAGGAAACCUCUAUACCAUCUCAAACGUCAACAUCUGCAAGCUCAUCUGUGCCAAUGAAACAAACCUCAUUACCAGUUGUUACAUCCACACAACCAACAACGCUAACGACCACAACUACAGUGCCAAAGACCACAGUUGUACCGACAACAACUGGAGCUGAGUCAUCUACUGCACCUGAGAUUAACACUGAGGGAGUUUCUUCAACAACAGAGCCACUCACAUCUGCAAAAACUCUUUCAACCACCACACCAGGCAUCCCAUCCACUACUGUUCUUGUUGAAGAAGGAAGCACUACUCUCCCACCAUCCACAUUGACAUCAGCACCAAUUAGAGUCAUCACAACAACUGCAUCUUCUACCACUACUCAAACUACUGGAGUACCAACCACAACUGAGACUGUAACUGAGAAUGAAAUAACCACUUCUCAGACUCCUUUGUCCAGUACUACCAUGCCACAAAAGGUGGUGACGACUGGUCCAACAAGCCAACCGAAAACUACAGCUACAACAACUUUUGAAGAGGAAACCUCUACACCAUCUCAAACGUCAACAUCUGCAAGCUCAUCUGUGCCAAUGAAACAAACCUCAUUACCAGUUGUUACAUCCACACAACCAACAACGCUAACGACCACAACUACAGUGCCAAAGACCACAGUUGUACCGACAACAACUGGAGCCGAGUCAUCUACUGCACCUGAGAUUAACACUGAGGGAGUUUCUUCAACAACAGAGAAACUCACAUCUGCAAAAACUCUUUCAACCACCUCACCUGGCAUCCCAUCCACUACUGUUCUUGUUGAAGAAGGAAGCACUACUCUCCCACCAUCCACAUUGACAUCAGCACCAAUUAGAGUCAUCACAACAACUGCAUCUUCUACCACUACUCAAACUACUGGAGUACCAACCACAACUGAGACUGUAACUGGGAAUGAAAUAACCACUUCUCAGACUCCUUUGUCCAGUACUACCAUGCCACAAAAGGUGGUGACGACUGGUCCAACAAGCCAACCAACAACUACAGCUACAACAACUUUUGAAGAGGAAACCUCUACACCAUCUCAAACGUCAACAUCUGCAAGCUCAUCUGUGCCAAUGAAACAAACCUCAUUACCAGUUGUUACAUCCACACAACCAACAACGCUAACGACCACAACUACAGUGCCAAAGACCACAGUUGUACCGACAACAACUGGAGCCGAGUCAUCUACUGCACCUGAGAUUAACACUGAGGGAGUUUCUUCAACAACAGAGAAACUCACAUCUGCAAAAACUCUUUCAACCACCACACCUGGCAUCCCAUCCACUACUGUUCUUGUUGAAGAAGGAAGCACUACUCUCCCACCAUCCACAUUGACUUCAGCACCAAUUAGAGUCAUCACAACAACUGCAUCUUCUACCACUACUCAAACUACUGGAGUACCAACCACAACUGAGACUGUAACUGGGAAUGAAAUAACCACUUCUCAGACUCCUUUGUCCAGUACUACCAUGCCACCAAAGGUGGUGACAACUGGUCCAACAAGCCAACCAACAACUACAGCUACAACAACUUUUGAAGAGGAAACCUCUACACCAUCUCAAAUGUCAACAUCUGCAAGCUCAUCUGUGCCAAUGAAACAAACCUCAUUACCAGUUGUUACUUCCACACAACCAACAACGCUAACGACCACAACUAUGGUACCAAUGACCACAGUUAUCUCAACAACAAGUCAUGCUGAGUCAUCCAUUGCACCUGAAAUUAGCACUGAGGGAGUUUCUUCAACAACAGAGCCACUCACAGCCAAAACAACCCUUUUAACCACCAAUGAGCAGAGUACUACUCUACUUCACAACAAUACUUCACCUUUUGAGACAUCCACAACAAUGAACAAAUCAUCCAUGUCACAAUUUACAGAAACUCUUUCAACUAUCUCCAGUACCACAUCAAGUGUUUUCCACCCAUCCACAUCCAUGGAGAGCUCAGUCAAACCCAUUACACAAACUUUGCCUUUUUUCACUGGUGUCCUUCCAGUUACUACAGAAUCUCCUAUAUUCUCAUCCACUUCUAGUGUUUGCUGUUUAGUGAAUGCCACAAACUUUCAACCAGGUGAUAUCAUUUAUAAUGUGACUGAUGGCUUUGGUUGGUGCUUUUCGGCAUACUGUAAUGUAACUUGCAGUAUUGUUAAGACAUCAACAUCUUGCCUACCUACUUCAUCACCCACUAUCCCCUCUGACACAACUACCUAUUCUAGUUCAACAACAAUCAACAAUUCCCUAGGCACAACACAACCUGCAACAUUCAUGUCCACAGCCACUACAACCUCAGAAGAACCAAAUACAACAUUUGCGCCAAAUUGUGAUGCACUUGUGCCACCAAGACAGAAUGGUGAAUUCUGGGAGAUAGAUAACUGCACAACAGCAACCUGUGUGAACGGCAUUGUUGUCUACAAACCAUAUGAGUGUGAGCCUGUUCAGCUUCCCAACUGUGAAAAUGGUCGUACCCCAGUUAAAGUCUAUGAUUCUAGUGGCUGCUGUUUCACCUAUGAAUGUGAAUGCUCUUGUAAUGGAUGGGGUGGCAACCAUUAUGUGACGUUUGAUGGACAAGAUUACGCAUUUGAGAACAACUGCUCAUACAUAUUAUUUCAGGAAGCAGUACCGACACACAAUCUAAUGAUAGUGCAUGAUAAACAGUAUUGCAGUGCUGGAGGUUCUUUCUGUUCACAGGCCUUAAUAAUAAAGUACAAAUUACAGGAGAUUGUUUUAACCCAGACACUUACUUCUGAUGUUGUCAACAAAGUGGUGAUGAUCGACCAGAAACAAGUCUAUCCAGCUUUCAAAAAUGGUGACAUGGUUAUUACCAGCACUGGUGUCGAGGUGAUGUUGAAAAUUCCAGACAUUCAGGCUCAGGUUACCUAUACAGGGACAACAUUUGCUAUUAAAUUGCCUUUUUCAGUCUUCCAGAAAAACACAGAGGGCCUGUGUGGUACCUGUGAUAACAUCAAAGAGAAUGACUGCAGCUCUCCUUCUGGUGAUGUUAAGUCUUGCCUUGAAACUGCCUUUGAUUGGCAGCUUCCAAAUGAGGACUGUAUUCUGCCCACCCCUGCUCCAUCAACUACCACCAUGAAUCCUAAUAGCACUUGCAAUCCAUCUAUUUGUGAGCUCAUCUACAGCAGGGUAUUUGAGGAAUGCCGCAAGAUAAUCUCUCCUGAGGUCUACGUCGAGGGUUGUAGAUUUGACAUUUGCACCACAAUGGUUUCUGGCUGUUCUAGUUUACAAGCCUAUGCUUCUGCCUGUGCCAAUGAAGGCCUUUGUGUGGACUGGAGAAGAUAUGCCAAUGGAGAAUGUGAGAUAACAUGUCCUGCCUCUAAAAUCUACAAGCCUUGCGGUCCAGCAGCGGAACCAACCUGCAAUGCUCAGUACAAUGAUAAGUAUUCGAAUGAGAUUUCCAGCACCAGCAUGAGUGAGGGAUGCUUCUGCGAGGCAGGAUCUAUUUUGUACAGUUCCUAUUCAGACGUCUGCACCGUCUCUUGUGCUUGCACUGGCCCUGACGGCAACCCGAAAAUGGCCAAUGACACAUGGCAGAGUGGAUGUGAAAUGUGUGAGUGUGAUGGGGAGACCCUCAGCGUUCGUUGCCAGCCUGUAACCUGUCCUGCUAUGCAACCGGUUACCUGUAAUGAGCCCGGACAAGUUCUUGUCAGCACAACAGUGGACUGCUGUGAGAGCUAUGAAUGCAAUUGCGAUAUGAGUCUGUGCCCUCUUGCUGCAAUCCAGUGUCCUCUUGGCUUUACACCGUCCUUCAACUUUACUUCAGAGAGCUGCUGUCCAGAGUACGGCUGCACACCCAUGGAAGUCUGUGUCUAUAAUACCACUGUGUAUCAGCCUGGCUCACCUAUGCCAAGUAAUCAUCCUUGUAUGAUGUGUAUCUGUGGUUGGAACACUGAUCCUGACACAAUGCUGUUUGCUCCAGAGUGUGUGAUCGCUGACUGCUACACUGACUGUCCAGAGGGUCAAGAAUACCAAGUUCUUCCUGGUCAGUGCUGUGGACAGUGUGUGAGCACUAAUUGUGUGGUUGUGCAUGAUAACGUCCCACAAACAAUCUUGGUUAACCAAACAUGGCAGCCAAGUAGUGUCCAGUGUUUGAAAUACAAGUGUGAACUAAUUAAUGGUAACCCAACGACAGUUGAGACCACUUGUCCUCCAUUCAACCCUGAAGACUGUAUUCCUGGAACAGAAACAAUGGAUGCAGAUGGCUGCUGUCCAACAUGCAUACAGGACAACAGAUGUAAUGUCCAGAGAAACAGCACUUUCUUGGUUAGCAAAGGCUGUACAAGCACCACACCUGUGGAAAUAACCUCUUGCUCAGGCAUAUGUGGUACCUCCUCCAUAUACUCUGCAGAGGCGAAUGCUCUUGUGCACUCUUGCUCUUGCUGUCAGGAAAUGACAACCAGUAAGAAGGAAGUGACUCUGACUUGCCCCGAUGGGUCAAACAUCAACCACUCCUUUAUUUACGUUGAAUCUUGUGGCUGCAAGGCCACCGAUUGCCCUGGUCAAACAUUACAGCGACGCCGCAGGAGAGUGUGAACUCUGACCCCAUUCAGUAGAGCCAUUUCAUAAGGACCUCAUGGUGUUCCUCAUUGCUAUAUUAUAUUCUUAAUUUAUCCUUGCUUUGAUCACAAAAUGAAAGGAACCUGAAUUUGUCUACAUAACACACCUAAAAAAUUGAGCUUUGUCUGUUUUAUUGUUAUUAUUGUGUGUAUCUGUACAUUUGAAAGCUUUUUGACAAUUAUCUCAAUGAUGUCAUGGCAAUGACAGCUCUUUUGUUCUAGUCUAGUAGUUCUCAAUAAACUAAUGCAAACUGAA